AUGGAUAUUGCGGAAGACAGGAUAAGCGAACUCCCGACAGAGAUAAUUCUCAUGAUUCUCUCUCUGCUAACGAUCAGAGAAACUGCGAGAACAUCCGUCCUCGCUCGCAGGUGGAGGUCUGCUUGGGCCUCAACUCCAGUGCUUAACUUCUGCCAAGAUACAUUAUACUCAUUCUCAGGCAAUUGGGCAAAUAUAGUCAAUUCCGUCCUCUCUCUCCAUCGCGGUCCCAUUUUAGGGUUUAGGCUGGGUAGAAUAGUUUUGUGCAGCAGUGAAGAUCUCGAUCGGUGGCUCUCUAUCGUAUCCAGUCGAGGGAUCGAAGAUUUGGUCAUCGACUUUUAUGACCAAUAUGUGCCAUACACAGUUCACCCUAGCUUCUUCUCUUGCUCAUCUUUGGUAUCUAUAGACUUAACUUCAUGCAAGCUCGAGAUCCCCAAAGAUUUCGAAGGAUUUAGGUUACUCAAACUUCUCUCUCUGAGAAAUGUGGCUCUUACUGAUACUAUACUUCAGACCAUAGUUUCCAAGAGUGAGAAAUUGGAAGAUCUGACCCUGAUUGAUUGUGAGGGACUGCGUAAUAUCAAAAUCGUCGCCUCGAACCUCCAUAAUUUCCAUCUGUUUGGUGCAUUUUCUGAAGUUGAUUUAAGUGGGAGUUUGAACAUCCAGGACCUUUUCAUUAAUUGGGAUGGUGAUGGAAAUGGGGUUUGGCCACCCAGACGGAUUAUCAUGAGUCUCACCAAACUGGAGUCUCUGAGCGUCACUGGUCUUCUUCUAUUUAGCUUUUAUGAGAACUCAGCUAAUGGAGGGAAUGGUGGGCUACCUACAAUGUAUAGUUAUCUGCUGGCAAUCGAGAUACAUCUAAAUUGUAUGGAAGUAUCAAAGAUCAUGGGUCUGGUUAGUCUGUUGAAGAAGUUACCAAAUCUAAAUGCUCUUUGCAUUAAGGAUCUUGAGCAGGAGCUAGAACCUGAGGGCAAAUUGACUAAGAGUGACUUGGAGGCGUUGAAUUCUGAUGCUAGCUCUUGCUUUGCUCACCUCAAAAAAUUAGAGCUAGAACUAGCUACUUACUUUGAUGAAACUCUUGAAAUAAUUGAGUUCUUUCUACUAAAUGCGGGGGUAUUGGAUGAGGUUUUUAUCACUAUCUGGAGUGUUGAGAAUCAAGAAGAGAAAUCAAAGAUAGUGGAGCGGUUGAAUUCCUUUCCUAGAGCUUCUUCUCAUGCCAAGAUCGUGUUUAGUUAG